UGUCUGGCGGGCAGGGAGUGGCUAAGUAGGAGCGGGCGUGGUCACGUGGGGCGGGGCCGUAGCAGUGGUGGAAUGCGGCGACGCGGGAGGCGGUGGCUGAGGUGCUGAGCCCCGGCUGCUCCCCAUCCUCCUCCGCUCGCCAGGCCGGGGCCGCUCAGGCCUGCCGGGGCCUCGCCGCCAUGUCCACCUUCCGGCAGGAGAACGUGGAGGACUUCUACGAGAUGGGAGAAGAGCUGGGCAGUGGCCAGUUUGCCAUCGUACGAAAAUGCCGGGAGAGGAAAACGGGUCUCGAAUACGCAGCCAAAUUCAUCAAGAAGCGUCGGCUGUCAUCCAGCCGUCGGGGCGUGAGUCGGGAGGAGAUUGAGAGGGAGGUGGACAUCCUGCGGGAGAUCCAGCACCCCAACAUCAUCACGCUGCAUGACAUCUUUGAGAACAAGACAGAUGUGGUGCUGAUCCUGGAGUUGGUUUCGGGUGGCGAGCUCUUUGAUUUCCUGGCUGAGAAGGAGUCCCUGACGGAGGAGGAGGCCACCCAGUUCCUCAAGCAGAUCCUGGAUGGUGUACACUACCUGCACUCCAAGCGCAUUGCCCACUUUGACCUAAAGCCGGAGAACAUCAUGCUGCUGGACAAGAACGUGCCAAACCCUCGCAUCAAACUCAUCGACUUUGGAAUCGCCCACAAGAUUGAAGCUGGGAAUGAGUUCAAGAAUAUAUUUGGGACUCCAGAGUUUGUAGCCCCAGAAAUCGUGAACUACGAGCCCCUGGGGCUGGAGGCCGACAUGUGGAGCAUCGGAGUCAUCACGUACAUCCUGCUGAGCGGAGCCUCCCCUUUCCUGGGAGAAACAAAGCAAGAGACCCUGACCAACAUUUCUGCUGUCAACUACGACUUCGACGAGGAGUAUUUCAGCAACACCAGCGAGCUGGCCAAGGACUUCAUCCGCCGCCUGCUCGUCAAGGACCCCAAGAAGCGGAUGACCAUCGCUCAAAGCCUGGAGCACCCUUGGAUUAAGGUGAUCAAGAGGAGGAACGUCCGCAAUGAAGACAACUGCAAGAAGCCUGAGCGCCGCCGCCUGAAGACCACACGCCUGAAGGAGUACACCAUCAAGUCCCACUCCAGCAUGCCACCAAACAACACAUACAUCAACUUUGAGCGCUUCUCCAAGGUCAUGGAGGAGGUGGCUGCAGCAGAGGAGAGCCUCCGAGAGCUGGAGAGGAACAAGAAGUCCUUCCAGGAGGAUAUUGAGGCCUUGCUAUCCAUUUAUGAGGAGAAGGAGUCAUGGUACAAAGAGGAGAAUGAGAGCAUCAGCCAGGACCUCCGCCAGAUCCGGCAGGAGCUGCAGAAGACGGAGGCCCUGAAGAAGCAGGCACAGGAGGAGACCAAGAGUGUGGUGCAAGUGGCCAAUGGCCUCAAGAGGCGUUACCGAAAGCUGGAGAACCACUACGAGGCAUUGGCCAAGCAAGUGGCUUCAGAGAUGAAGUUUGUCCAGGAGCUGGUGUGGUCCAUUGAGCGGGAGAAGCUGCAGAGCGGUGAGGGGGACGGCAGCAUCCGCUAGCUUGGCCGAUGCCGGGUUCGGCUGCCCUUGGGCUGAAGUAGGAUCGUCCUUCCUGGAUCCCUUCUGUUGGGUCCGAAGGGACCUCGGUGUCUCUGCCCCUUGCUCACCGAGGAGCCGGUCCUCCAACAGCCUUCGGGAAGUGUCCCCCCCGCUCUGCUGGGAUCACGGUGACGUGCUGGGCACUCGUGCCUCCUUGGAGACCCGUGCCUCAGGGGCUUCUGUUGUGCUCAUCCGGGUUUUGGCUUCCUGCGUGCGGCUCUUGCUUCGCUCGCUGUCCCUGUGUCCCCCACACUCCCGGCUGCUCUUCCCCUCACUGCCACAGGGCUUGGAGACCAAUCCUUCCCUCCCCAUCCCACCCAGGGAUGGGGUCUCGGAUGUGCCACAGUGCCCUGCUUGGAGGCACUUGGCAGGGAGACCCCUCCUCGAAACCCUGGCAGCAGCUCAGCAUCUGCCACUUGUGAGCUGUGCCCGAGGACCGAUUCCUGCGUGGCCCAGGGGUGAUCCCAGUCCUUCCCUGUGCCCAAGGACCGAUUCCUGCGUGGUCCAAGGGUGAUCCCAGCCCUUCCCUGUGCCCGAGGACCGAUUCCUGCGUGGUCCAAGGGUGAUCCCAGCCCUCCCCUGUGCCUGAGGACCGAUUCCUGCGUGGCCCAGGGGUGAUCCCAGCCUUUCCCUGUGCCUGAGGACCGAUUCCUGCGUGGCCCAGGGGUGAUCCCAGCCUUUCCCUGUGCCCGAGGACCGAUUCCUGCGUCAUCCAAGGGUGAUCCCAGCCCUUCCUUGUGCCCAAGGACCAAUUCCUGCGUGGACCAAGGGAGAUUCCAGCCCUUCCAUGUGCCCCAGGACCGAUUCCUGCAUGGACCAAGGGAGAUUCCAGCCCUUCCCUGUGCCCCAGGACUGAAUCCUGCGUGGCCAAAAGGUGAUCCCAGCCCUUCCCUGUGCCCGAGGACCGAUUUCUGCGUGGCCCAAGGGCGAUGCCAGCCAUUCCCUGCUUCCCCGGGACAUUCCACCCUGCUGCAUUCCCAGCCCUUGAUCCCACUGUCCGCUCCCCCUUUUGACAAAAUAAAGGAUUCCAUGCACCGGGGCAGCUGCCUUGGCUUCUGCCAU